AUGAAGAAGGAGUGUGCUGAGGCUGCCAGGCCAUACACCAAGGAGCUACUGGCAGAGCAUGAGAUAAAGAAGUUCUCGGUCCAUGACAUGGAGCAGGCGACAUUCGAUGAUGCCCGUGGGUUGCUCACAAGUAUCCAGCAUGAGCUCAUGGCAUUGAGUGAGCGCAUGGGGAUGCAAAUGAUUCUCUUCACCGUGCGCUCUACUCCAGAAUCUUACGGAAGCCCGCACAUAUUCUACACCGACAAGCACCUUUCAGAUUUCAUUGAGUUCACAACAAAGAACUCGGUGGCUGACUUUUCUGCCCGGAUGGACAGAUAUGUGCUUUCUGGAGUGGAUGAUGCUGUUACAAACUAUAACCAGGAGAUCACUAGAAUGAAGAGCCGGCUGGCAGCUCUUAUCAAGCAGAAACUUAAAGAAGCGUCUUUGCGGCCCGUCAGACAGCUUACCUACGUCAACUUUAAGAUGAACAUUAUGAUUCCAUACCGAAUGCUCAUCAAGGGGUGGCCUCUCAGCAAAUUCUGUUGCCCGAGUGACAUAGGCACCCGCAUGGAGGUUCAGCUCUGUCUCACAGCUUGGGAGAUGGGAACAGCUUACUGGCACUAUAUGAAGAAGGAUGAGGAGUACAAUGUGUGGUUGAAGGAGUAUCAUGAGGGGCAAUUGGUCCAACGAGUUAGCAGUGCGAAUGACGACAGCGAUGGUGAUACACACCGAGAUAUUCUGUGA